GUUCUCUCGGAUCAGCUGUGAGAGCGGCGUGGCGCCGUGUGCCGCGGCUCUGACCCGCUGUCAGUUGCCCGAGCCCUGUGCUACGGUUAGGACCGUGCAAUCGUCACCUUUUAACGAGCACGAGACAAGCUUACGGGAUCAUCACCGAAACGACUGGGCUCUCACGGCCGCGUCGUCUAGUCCUCGUUGCGAAUCGCGUCGUUUCAUCGAUGAAGAUUGACCACGGUCAAUCGAAACACGGUACAACUUGGAGAUCAGGAUCAAACGAACGUCGUUGAUACGUGAACUGCUCGUUGUCCACGGUCGAUUUGUAGAACGUGAGUCGGAUACACGGAUUAGCGAAAGAAAGAGGCAAGAGAGAAACAGUGAUCGAUCGCGUUCCGUUUCGAUCGAUCCGUGUCGGAGCACACCAUCUGCUUGAAAUCGUGCCUCAUGAUCGACUGGGAUUUCUAAAGAUCACGAGCCGCUCGUUGAAAGCUUGAAAUUGCGCUUCGAUCAUCCGCGAUCGUUGAUCCUUACGUUUCGAACGUGCCGAGUUGAGGGAGAAAGAGAUAAAGAAAGGGAGAGGAGAUUGCCGGUUCGAACAUCGUGGUGGUUUUUGUGGUGGAAAAGUGAUUCGAGGUUAAUCAAAGAGAAGCUCGACAAAGCCAAGGGCCGCAUGCUUCGCUAACAAGUCUCAGGAUGGUCUGGUAGAGGAGGAGCCUGGUGGUUCGAUCGCGAGAAAUGGCGUGCGGAAUAUCGUUCGAAGCGACUGCCACGAGCACGGUACUUUUCCUGCUGGUACUGCUGCAGGCGGCACUGGUGUGGGACGAAGUACACGGUGCUCCAGCGAAGAGAAACGACAUACUCGCGGGCACGGAAUUUCUAUCAGUCUUCAUAAACGGCGCCAUGGCCACGCCGCCACAGCGACGUAGAGGUUUCAGACGAGGAGGACACACAUCGUCAGCAGGAGAUAGCGCGACAGCGGAAUCGCAUCAGCACGAGGCUUCGAUUUACCGAAUAUCGCGAAAUCCUGGCAAUAAACAAGUCGUCCCGAGAGCGCGAAACACCAGUGGCCGAGAAGAGGUCGUUCGAUUUUACCCCAUAAGCCACAAAACGUUAGAAAAUAGGCAACAGAACCUAGCAUCGUUAAUCGACGAAUUGAGCACCACCAGUGACAUAUCUUCGACGCGGCUGGCUUCUCAAAGUUCAAUAAGUACGACGACGGUCACGUCGACGACAGCUCAAGAGAAAUCACCAUCGAGGACAAACGCAACGAGCAAUUCGACGAACAAAGCAGUCAGCCGACAGAAAGUUAUAGGUGUCAGUGUGACGUCCACCGUCGAAGCUACGCCGUACAAGGUCAGGGUGGAACAUUACGACAAUACAGAUGCGACAGUCGUGUCUCGACCGCCAAGCUCCAUCGGAAUUUCGUCUAAAGAUGUUACGAAAGAGUUGAAGAAUGGCACGACAAGGCCUCCUACGACGAGGACUAUAAGCUCCACGACUGCGAGAACAUUGACCACGACUACUACAACGACGACGACAACCACUUCUAAAUCGCCGAGAAUGACGACACCGUCGCCUUCCAGCUUCGUCACUGAGGAACUUAGUAACAUCGUAUCAGAAUCGAACAGGAGCGAAUUCUCCGUCGACGAAGGAUCGCUGAGCACCAGUUGGCGAGUUCAAAGUUCAGUUACGCCUAGAUCGAUGAACAAGCACACUCCUUCUUUCGUUGAACAUCAGAAGGAGAUAAAUAAUAAUAAUAACAAUACGAACAAUCCUUCAGGGGACAUGAUCACCCUGCCAACAGAGGAGAACUACGAGUUGCCGGAAGAGAACGCCGAAUCAAAGGAGUUCAGCGAAGAACCAAUGGAAGUACAAUCAGAGCGCUACCAGGCUCAAGGUCGAAAGGCAGGCAGACACUUCGACGCUUCCCACUACAAUCGUCCAGGCUCCAAGAUGUAUAGCCAGCCAUCGAAGAGCUAUAAGUCACCACGGCCGUACAGCGAGCCAGCUAAAUUGUACAGCGAAUCAGCGAAGGGCUAUAACGAACCUGAGAAAAUUUAUGGAGAACCAGCCAAGGUGUACAGCGAGCCAGCAAAGGUUUAUAGUGAACCAGCGAAAGUAUAUAGUGAACCAGCCAAGGUUUACAGCGAACCUGCAAAAGUCUAUGGUGAACCAGAAAAAGUGUACUCGGAGCCAUCGAAGGUUUACUCGGAACCAGCUAAAGUUUAUUCGGAACCAGCGAAGGUUUAUUCGCAACCUGCCCAAGUUUAUAGCGAACCUAGCAAACUUUACGACUCAGAAGGUCAACCAUUGAGUCGCGAACGUGGCGGAGAACCAGACGAGCAGAAUUACGAGGUGGAUGAAUCCGUUAGUGUGAGUAGCAAUGGAAACGUCCAUGGACCACAGAUUAUGCUUACGGAACCUUCGAACGCUUCCGAAGUGGAAGAUGGUCACAAAGUGGGUUACGUGGUCGAAGGUAGGAACUACAGGAAAUACAGGGUCGAAGAGAGAACUCCAGACGGUUUUAUCGUUGGGGAAUACGGAGUGGUGAGCCACGAUGAUGGUUCUUUGAGAGGUGUUCGCUAUACUGCGGAUGGCACCAUCAAUCCUCGACUCAUAUACGAUGCACUAAUGAAAUUCCUCGCUUUAUGAGAUGAAUCAGCGAUGGAAGGAUGGAUAGAAGUGUAACGGAGGCGAGUCGACUCAAUCGUGUCGCUUUGCUAGAAGAAUGGCGAGACCAAGCGAAAUGACUGAUCUUUGAAACUGUUAUUCCCAACUCAACUGCCUCAGAGUAAUUUUAAGCAUCGGGUUUCUUAGAAUCUAAGGGUCUUUCAUGAUUGUCUAUGGCUGGUGAUAUGGGAUUGAUAGGUGUUUUUUUGGCGUGUUAAGGAUUGAGCAUAUAAAGACGAGUCGAAGGAGCAACGUGUUAAAUUUCAAUGAAUUAAGAUCUCGAGUUUCAUAAAUUCUUACAAACUUUGCGAGAUACUUCAUCAGAUUUUUUUAUAUAUAUUUCACUAAAUGCAUCAACUACAAAAAGAGACGUAUUUUUACGUUAUCGGCAAUUAGAUGAUAAUAUCAUAUAUGAAAAAAUAUAUUUUUACGUAACUGACGCAAAAUGUAUUAAAAAGCAAAGAUAGAGGUACCUAAAAUAUUUCUCUUAUUUGAACUACAUAUAUGCUCUGAAUAUGUGUACUAUGAUGUUUCCAAGCGUUAUAUAGAAGUAUAUAUGUCCGUUGAACACAUGAUAGAAUAAUAGGAUGAUGACGAAUAACAGUUAUUAAAUAAAGAUUAUGCUUAGAAAAUAAUUGAAGAGUGACUCAAAAAUACAUUAGUAAAAUCGUUCAUCAUUUCUUCGCAGAAAUACACGUAUAAAUUUACUGUGAGUCUCAAUUUUAUAGUUAAAAAUACACUUCUCAAACGAGAAUAUAAAUCACAACUACAAGUACAUAGUACAUUAUUCACAAUUUUCAGAGCAAUUAAUACAUUUUAUUCAAUUAUGCAUGAAGAAAGUAUUUACACUACAGUGGAAUUCUAUUUAUCUAAACCAAUCGGGAAACGACCAAUUCAUAUAAAAUAAGAAUUUUUGUUCUUAUAAUAAAAAUUCGCUAAUCACAAUUUCAUUGUACUAAAUAUAGUACCACUGUAUGUUUCAUAAAAGUCUUAUUAAUAGUAAGAAUAAUUUCAAUAAACCUAUUAACAACUUGUUUCAAUAAAAAUUAUUUUUAGGAUCACCAACCGUCCAGUAACUUCAAUCAAAAUAGAAAAAAAAAUUUAGAAAUAUUAUUUAUUUUCUAAUAUAAUAUUAUACAUAUAACUGUAGAGCAUGUGACGUAAAUGUUACAAAUAAGAGAAAUAUUUUAAUCGGUAAACUAAAGUAUGUGUAUUUAUGAUUCAUUGUAUUUGAUAUAUUAUUAUCAAAGACGCAUUGCAGAAGAUCGAGAAUUCAAUGUCAUCGCGAAAAGUACCAUUGUGAUAAAUGCAUGGUACACUAACAUAAGUUCCACGAAUAAGCAAACUACUUGGACUCGUUAGCAUGGAUAGUAAUCUUUAGUUGGUCGUCACUCCGUCGUUUCUAAGGUCUGGAAAAGGUCACAGCGAUCCUCCACUGACUUCGCGAUCGGCUCUUUCGUCAGAGAGCUUGAAAUUAUAAAGAAUACGAAGUUAAAGAUUAUUCAUCGAUGGUUAUGGGAAAAUUGAAGCGUACAAAGAGAAGAUAGAUUCUGAAUGGUUUCCCUUUAUGCAUAAAAUGAUUUGUGUUUGAAAGAUUCUAAUGGCAACUUUAUCAGGAAUUUUUCUUUUAUUACGUGACUUGUAUUUCAAAAUUUAUAGAAAUUGAACUCACAAUGACAAUUUUACAAUCUUAUUAACUUACAUCACAUCAAAAUACAUUGAGAGACAAAAAUAUUCGUACAGCUGCAGUGUAGAAAUUAAAAAGCGAUAUUUCGCAUAUUAUUAAAUAUAUUCAAACGUAUAUAACUAUGUACUAUUCACAGACAUUUACGUUAAUGAAUGUACAGAAAUAAAAGUUAAUUGCACCAUAAUAUAUAUUGCAUAUAUUAAUUGCAUAUAUGAUAUAGAAUACAGAAAAUAUUGCUCGUUUUAUCUCUACGUUCCAACUGUACAAACAUUUUUGUCUCUCAUUGUAAUUCUAUAAUCAAUUUAUUAUGGAUAAAAUAUGAACAAAUACUUGGAUACUUUCAAACAAUAAUAUACAAACGAUAAAACAACGAUGCAAUCGCUGACUCGCCCAAAGCGACGCGACAAUGUCGAUGGAACGAAAACGACUGAUUCUUUCGCUCUUGCCAACGCAACUGCCUCAACGAUUAAUUUUUAAGGAUGGCCUUCCAUGAUCUCGCUGUUAGGCAUCAACAUGCGUGUAUAUCCGUACUGUCAUACGGAGACAGGAAAACGGUCGCUGGACGAUUCGAUCAGGAGCGAAACACAGGGAAUUCGAAGCCCGGCCAGUUUCGUUGCGAAACUUGACAGAUGAAAGUGACUCCUUUCGGUGGCGAAAGUACGAACUUUUGUAUGCUACCCGAUGGCCUUUGACGGUCUCGUCACGCGUCUCGAGUCGUCCGAGAAACAUUUCUUUUCCCUUUGUUCGUCUAGCGAUUAAACACGUUCUCCGCUGCCACGCGAGCAGGAGGUCCUCGAUCAUGGCGCCACGUAGUUGCGUAAAUCUUUUGUGAUCGCGUUAAUCGCAAGCGUAUGUUUCUCUCUUCCGAGAUUCAUUAAACUAGAAGGUGGUGGUGGUGAUGGAGUAACGACACGGUGUUCGGUUGUUAAGUCGACGAUAUCGCAAUAUUAAUUAUUGUUAUUGGGAAGGAUACCCUUAUUACGAUUGGAUGCUUGUAUUUCUCUUAUUUAAUUGUUUCUUUUGGUUUUACUGCGUCGCAUCUUGUUUCAGCGUUGUACGUUCGUACAAUAUUUGAAGCUGAAGAAAAGUUUCGUUUGGUUAGUGAAUUUUCAUAUUUGGUGGAGUUUAGAGGGAUUAUAAUGUAAAUAAUGAUCAGUUGAGUUAUUCGUAAAUGGUAUUUUAUUUUAUCAUUUAUGCAUGAUGUUUAAAUAAUUUUUGUUACGUCUAUUACGUUUCAUAAAAUUAUGCUACUGGUAACUUAAAUACAAUUCAAAUUUUCCCAUUCAUUCCUUUUUUCCAUAACUUUAAUACCUUCCAAAUUUUUCAAUUGAUCCUUUCCUACAGAUACUGUCAGAAUCGAUAUCACAGCGGAUAUUUCGAAGUUUUUUAAUUUGAAAUUUUUUAUGAAUCAUCUGUAUGGAUAUGAUGUAUAUUUUUGCGUUCCACCUUUUUCUUCAAAUUCCAAAAGAUCCCAAAUAAUUUUUUUCUAACCAGUCGUACAUCGUACAAAAAUUAAUGGAAAACACAAAUCGAUUGAUUUUCCAACUAAUAUCUUGCAUUAUGUAUCUCUAUACUUUUUGAUAUAUUGAAACUAUAUUGAACUGUAUUGAAACUAAAAACCUAAAUCGAAAAGACCUCGCACGACACAAGUAAUGAAGUAAACGACAUCGAUCUGACAAUCCCUCGUCACCUAAAGUUUUGAAAAUAGCGACGAACGAAGCAACGAGAUAUCCAAGAGAAUCGACUAAACAUGUAUGUCGCGUGCUUUCGUCACUGUGACGCUUCUGUGAUGAAAAAGCACAUCGAGAAGUCGCAGCUGCCAGGGCCUCCAUUUCGAAUCACUUUAAAAAUCUUAAUUCCUUCGAAGGCUCCGCCGCUGCGACUGAACUGCUGACUUGUCACGGCAGCGUCUCUGCGCAAUUUUUAAGAUAUAAGUUUCUAUUAUAGAGCAAGGUAGCGUUAUUUGAGUCAGCUAAGUCUUAGCAUCAUCAAAUUCAACUAAAAUUUUGCACAGAAUAAUCAAACUCAUUUCAUAUUGUAAGACGCUACAUCUCAUAACUAUUAUAUAAAAUUAUCCAAAAACUGUCAAUUCUUAUGUAGAUACAAGAUACGAUAGAAAAUCUAAUUGGAAAUACGUAAAAUUGAACAAUUAAAUUUACAAAAGUUAUUGUUCCACUUCGUUCCAUUGUAAUCUAAAUUCAAUUUUUUGUAUAAGACAUUGUUUUUCCCUUUUUCAGUGAAUAUAUUCUUUUCAGUAAGGAAAAUGAUAAAUUACUCAACCUCGAUACAAUUUCAAAUUAUUCAAUUACUUUGUCCUCCUAUCACGUCGAUAUAUAAAAACUGGAAGAUUUUGGGUAAUUUUAUAAUUAUGAGGUGCAGCGUAUUAGUUUUUAAUGUAACAACGAAGGAAUAAGAAGAUAUCGCGUACUUUAGGUCCAAGAGAAUAAGCGUCAAGAAGAAUAACUUAAAUAAUCUUAUGUUAUUUAUGAUAAUUAGAACCGAGAAUUAUUAACUAAAUUAAUUAAUUGAAAAACUUAUCUUUUGAUGAGUAGGAAUUAUAUCCUCGUAGAAAAGUAUAGGCAUCAAGCUGUUACUAACAACGAAUAAAUAGCUCAAAAAUUGUUAUAACAAUAUUUAGCAAAUCAUAAAGCAAAUUGCUUAGUUUGAUUUGAAUAAUCCUAUCUUACCCUAAGUUUUGUAAGACGUUUCGACGUCAAGGAAGUAUCUCAUUCGUGGAGAAGACCGUAGAGCGUAAGACGAUAACGUUAUUUUAUUUAGGAUUAAAUAGCUCAUUCUUCCUCAUUACCUCAAUCUUUGAGAUAGUUCCUCCUGCCAUUUAAAUAACGUGUCACGCGCGUACUCACCUUAAAUUAUAUACACGAUCUCGAUCGUUCGCACGCACGUUCGCUCGAUACUUUUCUGAUAGCCAAGAAGAAAAGCGAAUCUCGAAGCGAUACGUGCUGAUGGAUCGUAUCGAAUCGAUGGAACUCGUUCGUUCGAAUGUUGCUCAUCCUCGUAGGCUAAGUGCGCGUUCAUAUUGUCUUUAUUUUAUAUGUAAAAGAUAAAGUAUUCCGAUAUGUUAUACACGUGAUACCGUUACGAUUAAGUACAUUCUGUCUCUCUUUUACGUUAGGCGUACGUAGUCUAAUGAUUAUUAUUAAUUAUUAUGCAUAGCGCUGUGCAACCAUUGUCAUUCGUCGAAUGCAACUUUGUAAUAAAUUCCAUUGUCAUAAUA